UUCUAUGGUCGUAUCAGGGGCCGUACAUUCUUGUUGUGGGUUUUAUUUUUGUACUGCGUAAAAUAAGUUAAAAAUGUGCUGAUAAAUUGUUCAAAUGUGCAAUAGAACAUAAAAAAUGAUAACGUUUGGCGGUGCAAGCUCGUCGGCGGUAGAUGAUACAGGAGAAGUUAGAAGUAUAUGUGAGAGUAUUGGGAGUGAUGGAUCCAGUGCUACAGUCCAGCCCGGGAGCUCUAACCAACGUCCCCGAAUGGAUAUCGCUUGUGUCCUUGAUGGAACACAAUCUACAAAUUUGUCCCAUAGAAAAAGAGCCUUGGAAGAAGUUAGAAUGGCUUCAGAAUUAGUAAACGCCAAUUUACAUUACAUUACUUAUGAGAAGCUUGAUUUUGGUGAGACAGGAGUAUUGGACACAUUCUACAAUGCGGAUGUUGCUAUUGUUGACAUAAGUGUACAAGUGCAACGGAUAACACUUCUUUAUCAUCUGGGCGUCAGGGAAAGUUUUGGAAUGAAACAAAAUGUGCUACUGUAUAAUGAUACAGAUCCAGAUUCUACAUUACGAAUUAAGAUAAACCUGCCCAACCACCCAUUUGUGUCGUACAAACAGACCGACAUGGGCACUUGUGUGACCACAAACCCAGCGGCCACGAAGUUCAAAGGAGAGGAAGCUGCUGACCCCAAACAACAUUUGGCUUUACGUCUCAAGCAUAUAUUGCAGGACUUUGAGAUAGAAACUAAAGCACAUCUUCAGGAGAAAUUUCUAGCAGAUCUGCGCAAAGCUAGGGAGACCCACAGUGGUCAAGAACUGGCCAAUGUGUUGCAUGCGAUGCGCCGGCGGUUGGACGACCCAGCGGUGCUCUCAGGUGACACCAUUGUAAGCAUGCUGAUAUCAUACAGAGAAAUACAGGAUUACGACGCGAUUGUACAAAUAGUGGACGAUUUGAAGAUGAUAACUAAUGGAAAAACCUAUGUGAAAAUGCCUAUAAUCAAAUUUUUGUACGCGUUUGCUAUGAAUAGGCGUAACAAGGAGGGCGACAGAGAAAACGCUCUAAAAGUGUGCGUGCAGGCAUUGGAGACAAAAGAAAACAGAUUUCCAGACAUGUUGUGUUUGUGCGGGCGCAUCUAUAAAGAUAAGUUCGUGGAGUCAAAACACACUGACAUGGAGAGUUUAAAGAAUGCUAUUCAUUGGUACAGACAGGGUUUUGAAAUACAAAAGAACGAAUAUGCAGGCAUUAAUUUGGCAACGUUAUUAGUAAUAGCUGGAAGCGACUUUAAAAAUUCACAAGAAUUGCAACAGAUUGCUAUGGUCCUGAACCACCUGAUAGGCAGAAAAGGCAGUCUGUCAUCCCUAAAAGAGUACUGGGACGUGGCGACUUUCUUCGAGAUCUCGGUACUGGCUCAGGACUACGUGAAAGCAAUACAAGCAGCGGAAUGUAUGUUCAAGUUGAAACCGCCCAAUUGGUAUCUAAAGUCCACUAUUGGGAACAUAGAACUUAUUGAUAGAUUUAGAAAGAAAAGCGAGGAAACGUCACCAGAGCAACAAGUCUUCGAAUUUUGGAUGGAGUACUUCGUUGAGGCCACUAAGGACACUUGCGACAAUAUCAUAAGGUUUCCUGUGCUGAUUCUAGAGACGACGAAGGUAUAUAUGCCAUCCUAUGUGAACGUGAACAUGGGCGCCGAACAGAAGUCCGUGGAGAUAUUCAAUCUGUGCAUGGAGGACAUGAGAGGGGAAUGUAGGCAGGUUCACAGGUGGCUGUUCACGUCUGACAUGAUACGGAGUUACAGUUUGUACAAACGCGACGAACGCUGUCUAUUCCUUUACGUGAGCGAGAACUCCGAUGACUUCCAAAUAUUCCUGCCCUCGGAAUUGUACAGGCAGCAUCUUCACGACUUGCUCGGGGAACUGACAGCUGACCAUGAGAAAGUGGCUGACCUCGACACCACUAAUAUGCAGGAGCAAUUGAAGUACGAAUACGAGCUAGACGACUUCAACAAGCGAGUGGUACUCGGCAAAGGCACCUAUGGCGUAGUGUACGCGGCGAGGGACCCGAGGACGCAGGUUCGAAUCGCGGUCAAGGAAAUACCUGAGAAGAACUUAGGCGAUGUACAACCGUUGCACGAAGAGAUAUUGCUACAUUCGCAGUUGAGACACAGGAAUAUUGUACAGUACAUUGGAUCAAUUUCAGAAGAUAAUUACUUCAAGAUAUUCAUGGAGCAAGUUCCCGGUGGAUCGCUAUCCGCUUUACUCAAGUCCAAAUGGGGACCCCUGAAGGAGAACGAGGCUACUAUAGCGUAUUAUACUAAGCAGAUACUUGAAGGUCUAAAAUACCUCCACGACCAGAAAAUAGUCCACCGCGACAUCAAGGGCGACAACGUCCUCGUGAACACGUACAGCGGCGUCGUCAAGAUAUCGGACUUCGGCACUUCCAAACGGCUCGCCGGACUGUGCCCCUCCACGGAAACCUUCGCGGGGACAUUGCAGUAUAUGGCCCCUGAGGUCAUUGACAAGGGGCAGAGAGGAUAUGGUGCUCCUGCCGACAUUUGGUCUCUGGGUUGCACGGUAGUAGAAAUGGCGACUGGAAACCCACCGUUUAUGGAACUAGGAUCGCCACAAGCUGCUAUAUUCAAGGUGGGCUAUUACAAAAUGCACCCUGAAAUACCGAGCGAGUUGACGCAGAAGGCGAAGUCUUUCAUACUUCGAUGCUUCACUUCGGACCCGGAAAGUCGAGCUACAGCAGCCGAAUUGAUUGAAGACCCAUUCUUAUGCGAAAAAAAAAAGCAAACUGGCCGUUUGGGCGGCAACAUAGAUUACAGCCGCAGCAUAUCGGUGCCCGCGGACAAGGCGCGACAAGUCUCCCAGAAGAAGAUCUCCGAGCCGUGCAUACAGGGCGCCGCGCCCGCCUCGCCGGACAUCGAGGUCAAAACGGUCCGGUCAAACCCGACCAUCACUAGGACGGCUUCGUCGAUGCUCUCACCAAUACUGAUAUGUUCACCGGACUUGAAUAGCAGCACGAUGCCUAACACUCCAUCGACGGACGAUAUGGACAGCACGGAUACACUUCUCAACCGUCGGAGUUCUUCGGGAGGUCUACUUUCACCAGAGGUCGAUAUGCCGAACGUGCCCCGAUCUUCCAUAGACGUAGAACAUGACGGUUUCUACUUAUUAAAGAAGGAUUCGCAACGCCGUCUCACUCUCUCGCGUGUGUUGGAGCAGGACAGCGAGAAAAUCUGCUCCAAGUGGAUGCUAAGCAUACAACAAGAUUUCGGGAACACCGUUUUGACAAUGAACCACUUGGAAACCCUUCGGUGCGCGUUAAAAGACUACAUAAUGGAUCAAAACCGACAUGUCAUAGAACAAGCAGUGACUUCUCUGAAAGAGGAGUUGGAGUUUGACUCUAACGCGAUACAUGAACUACACUCAGCUAUAUACAUGUUCCAAGAAGCCGUGAAUGUAGUAUUGAGAAUGCAUAGUAUAAAACCUCAUUGGAUGUUUGCCCUGGACAAUCUGGUGAGGAAUGCGGUGCAGGCUGCUAUCACUGUGAUAUCACCCGAAUUGGGCGCAAACUUGGCGGGGGAGUCCCGCCGUAGCGCGGGAUGCGCGGCCGACGCGGCGACUCCGUCGGCGUUGUCCACGGCCACCUCGACGCGGGACCACCAGCUGCUGCAGCUGAGGCAGGAGAACCACAAACUGCUUCAAGAUCUUUUAGAUAGCUACCAGCAGUACCAGGCAUUGCUGCGUCAAAUGCUGGAGGAACAGAAAUUACAGACUCAUGUCAUCAGGGAAAUGGUCGAUAGGAGAUGUCCAAACCCAGCCAGGGAAUCGAGCCAAGAGCCCUCGGAAGACUACUUCGGUCCACUAAGAGAGUGGGCCCAAGCCAAAGGGGUGCCAGUAUCGGCCGCGCGGGCUCUCGCUCUACACGCGUACUCUCUAGCUGACUUACUGCAACACGCGCAAAGAGAAGACAUCGCUAGGCUCAAUCUGAAGGGAGGCGUCGAACUUCGUCUCUGGCGCGCCAUAGUCGAGCACCGAGUACAAGCCACGUCCAACCACCUCCGCCGCACGAGCAGCACUGAAACCGACAUGGACACAAACUCCAUAGUAGUCGUUGAGUGCCAACGUUGCAAAUCUAACACGCCGUCGAACUCGUCGUGUAGUGCCAACCCAACGAUAGUGAUCAGGGAUGGCAACGUGCAAGUGAACGGUAGCGGUGAGUUGUAUAACGAUGACAGCCCUUGACUAUUGCGCGGGUGGUGCGCUCUACAGUAAGGUCUCGUUUUUGGCUUCCAGUGUUUUUGGUCUAUGAUUUUUUUACCUAUAGGUACCUAAACAUAACGCAUCUUUCCGUUGGUAGAUAUUUUAUAAUUUUUGUAAGGGUGAACGCAGACUUGGUUCGUAACGGUGGUCGCUUUUGUUUAGGUAUUUAGUUGGAGAGGGCCAAAUCUGUGUUGACCUUAAGUAAAUUCGCCUUAUUUAUCUUAAGAGAUAGCAAAUGUUUUUGGAAAAUAUAUUAACCUUUUUGUACUUUAUGUACCAAGCUGUAUUUUAUAUCAAAGGUUACAGUAAUAGUCUAAAUGAGAUUUAAUAAUAAGGCGGUUCUAUGGUUCUCAAGAAAAAAAUAUAUAUUUUAUAGUACAUUUUGUACUUGAACAACAGUUCUAUUUUUUUUUCACGAUUUGUACAAUCUUGGUAUAAGUGAAAAACUCAUAUGUGUUUCACAUAAUAAGUAUUUAUGAUUUUUUUGUAAGUUAUAUACAUCACUCGUAUUUUAGAAUUAUACUUUUGUAAAUAUUUUUUUAUUAAGUAAUUUUUAAUAUAGAUCUGAAUUGAUACCCAAUGACUAAACACUGGAGGCUAACAGAUAAUGAAAAGCAAUUUAAAGGCAAUAGUAUCAAAAUCAUAGUUUAGGAUUAGUAAGACCGAUCGUACAAAUAAUACUUAAAAUAUAAUUCUGUUAUAUUAUUGUUGUGAACUAAUAAUAAUUCUGUUUGCCAUAAGUUAUUUGUAGUGAUUCUCAUAAUUUUUGUGGCUUUAGUACCGGUUGUGUAUUCUCUGGAAGAGCCCAGAGUUCGCCUUUGAUGAUAAACGAACGAACUUCAACCUUGAAUUGCAUCGGUGGUCGAACGAUUAAGGUAACCGAUUAGCAAAGCAUGAUGUGUAGGUACAAAUACUUUGAUAAGUCAUUAUUUAUUUAUAAUUUAUUUACCAAGCACAAUAUUCAUUUAGAACAUCAUAUUAUUCUAGUCUUACUCAAACAAUAAAAUAUUUAAACAAUAAUUACAUUUAUGUAGUAUGUAAUUGAACAACUAUUAAUAAAAAC